GCCGGAAGAGUGAGAGCCUUCUCUGACGACGCCUGUGAUCUAAUUGAGGAGAGAAUAUGUCUCGUGGACUGCGGUUACCACAUCGAAUCCCGGCCGAUCAGUUUCCGGAAAUCUUGUGUUUCCUCCAGAGGAUGCUCUGUCGGUCCGAGGAGUGAAAAGCGAAGUGACGAAGUGACCCGACAACUGAGCCAGCCGAGCGAUGGAAUUAAGAGCCUGACCCAGCACGGCGCUGAACUGAGCGCCCCCUCGUGA